AUUACAUCGGCUCGUUAAUGACGUAUAAAAGCGGUGAUAUUUUCUUCGCAAGAGCAUUGCUAGGUCGACUGUUAAUGAAGACAUAGAGGAAUUAUGGGCGGCUCUGCAACCCUGUGUAUGGUCACGGCGUUUUUGGUCGCAGCGCUGUUGGGAACAUCCGAAGCACUAUCGAUGGACCAAGUGCGACAGGCAGGCAAAAUGAUGAGGAACGUGUGCCAGCCGAAAUCAGGAGUCGAUCAAGCAAUUCUGGAUGCUGCUACUAAUGGCCAGUUCAAAACUGACGAUAGGAAUUUCAAGUGCUACAUAAAGUGUGUCAUGGGGAUGAUGCAAUCGGUGAAGGGCGGAAAGUACAACGCGGAUGUCGCCAUUGCCUUGUCAAAGAGGAUGUUGCCAGACGGCAUACGUGAAAGGACGGUAGCGGCUAUUCAGAAGUGCCGCGAUGAAUGGGACAAAUACGACGACGCCUGUGACUCCGCUUACGCCGUGACGGCGUGCACCGCCGAGGCGGACCCCGAGGUCUUCUACUUUCCAUGAGGGGGGCGUGGUUUCCUCGUCGAAUGUUACUUAAAUAUGUAGUCUGUAUAACGUGCACUUCCUGCCAAUCAUAUCACGCAUUUAACAGUUUUCUGAUCCAGUGUCACUACAAUAAACUGUGUUGCAAACAAUUAA